UCCAGUCAGUGCGUUGGCAGAUUUCAAGCCGCAAGGAACGUCUCUGAACUUCUGUAGAAGAUAAGAAGAAAAACAAAAUCAGUAGAACACUUGGACAAAUCUAAAAGAUACACUUGGUGUGAGAUCUAUUGAAAAAAAAGAUCCAAGAAAUACGUACAAAGAGAUAUAUUUAUUUACUGGAAUCAUCAAUAUAAAUUGGGAUCAAGGAUAAAAAAGAAAAGAAUUGCUUAAUUGGAAAUUGCAUCGCAUUCUUUGUUACGGCCUAUUGAUACACAACUUUCACCAUGACUCUAAUCAAGAUCGCCCUCCUGUGUCUGAUAGUUUAUACCGUAGCAGGACAAAAGGCAGAGGAGCCAAGAAAACCACGCGUUUCCGACGAACAGCUUAAUGUGGCACUGAGCGACGAGCGAUACUUGAGAAGACAGCUUAAGUGUGCCUUGGGAGAAGCACCGUGCGAUCCUGUUGGUCGCCGUUUGAAAAGUCUGGCUCCACUGGUACUACGAGGUUCCUGUCCGCAGUGUAGUCCCGAGGAAACAAGACAAAUUAAAAAGGUUCUUUCCCACAUUCAAAGAAGCUUCCCGAAGGAAUGGUCAAAGGUAGUGCAACAGUAUGCCGGUGUAUAAGGAUUACUUUUGGUAACAACAACUUCCUUGGAAUGGCUCCAGACUUAGAGAGAGGGGUAGGAACGAAAAAAUGCAAUAAAGAAGAAAAAAAGAGACUGGAGUAAACGAGAACUAGGAUUGUAAGAAAGGAUAAAGGAAAAAUAAAGGAAAAGCAUUGUACGCGUUUACCAAGAAUUUGGAGGAUGAUAUUUUUUCGCUAUGUAUAUAUACUAUAUAUCUAUAUAUAUAUAUAUAUUAGAUUUUAUAUUCACGAUUCUGAUUAACCGAUAAUGUUAUAAUAGUAUUAAGACUCGAGAACCAUAUUGUACGAUAUUCUAAGACGUUAUUACAUCAGGAAAUCUUUGUCAUCUGAAUAAGCGAUGAUUUUCGCAUCAAAGCAGUCAAGAUUUUUAUGUCGAUUCGCGUAAAGUUCUCGGUUUAUAUUUCACGAGACGACUUUGCUCGACGCGAUGCAAUAAAGGAUGGUUCUUACGUUCCACGAGA